AUGGCAUCAACUCGAUAUUCGCCUUCCAGGCUGACGUCUCGCGAGACCGGACUGUCGUCGGUUUUUCGAAGGGGCCAUGACAAGUCGGAAUCAUGGCCGAACCCGGAACGCUCAGUCGGCCGCCUGAUUUCCAAGAUCGGCAAGGACUCGGUAUGGGAAGCGGUCGGAGAGGCGCGCGAGGCAUUCAAGUGCAUCGCUCCCGAUAUCAAGAAUUACUUGAAUCGAUGUGUCGAACCCCUCACCAGUUGGGUGACAUGGUCGAUAUACAUGAUGGGUAAGACCUCGACUACCUCCAGUCCGACCAUCAUCUUUUGCUGUGAAGUCGCGGCACAUAGACGAGAGAUUCGAAAUGUCAUCAAGGAUAGCGGCAUUUUGGACAGAUAUCCGGGACUCAAAACGGGCCACAUGCCACGGCCGCCAGACUUUGAUCAACUCGUCUCUUUAGCCGGUGGGCACGAGGCAGGCCAGGAUUGCCGCAAAACAACCUUCGUAUGGCCGCCGCGUGCCAGUCAUGGUCUUGGGACGCCGCUAGGUAUAAGAAGGUAUGACAGUCAGACGGCAACCUUAUCAAAGGCAACUCUUGGUGGUGUUAUUCAGGUGAAUGGCAAAUAUUUCUACACCACGGCGGCACACGCGUUUUUCGAGGAGGUAGGCCGGCCUCAGAGAGGAGAGGAAUACGAUUCCGAUGAUGAUGCGUGUAGCUUUGAUGGCAGCGAGGAUCUCGAUACCCCAUGUGGUGGCACCGCAGCAGGUCAAAGCGAAGUUUCUGAUGAUAUCAAGGGCCUUGUCAUAAGCGAUGCUCCAAGAGCCUCGGGACCUACAGCAAGGACCGCAGACCAGAAUGCACAAUGUGCACCCAAUCAAUUCUCCCAGGCUUCAGCGGCCACUGUGGCUCGAAGUGCUUAUCAAUCCAGUCAGGAUCAAGAGUUAACUUUCGAGCACCCUGGAGAAGUGUUCUUAUCACCCUGGAGACGUUCCAGGACAGCCCUGGACUACGCACUGAUAGAGGUGGUGGAUCAAAAGCACCGACGUGCUAAUGCGAUACCAUUGAAGGGUGCAUCGGAGCCACCGUUGGUGGUCAGAGAUGUUGCAAAAGCGCCGUCAGACAACACGUCUGUCAUUUUGAUAUCAUCGCGCGGUUGCAUACCAGGCAUGCUGUCGGCCACUCCAGCUUAUGGCAAAGCGCCAGGUACCAGCUCUCAUCGUGAGAUGUUGACUGCAGCGUUCAGCGAUCGUCUCGAAGUGGGCGACUGCGGAUCCUGGGUCGUAGAUGCUUCGUCAGGUGCGUUGUAUGGCCAUCUGGUCGCAGGGUCUCCCGAUGGUGGCACUGGACUUAUUACCCCCUUUGUACACAUUUUUGAAGAUAUCUUGGUUCGCAGCGGACAGGUACCAAGUUUACCCACAGCCAGAACCGAGGAUUUGCAGCCUGCUUUCGCAAUCCGUACACCAAUGACCAGAUGGCCUCAUAUUGACGCAAAACGGCCUACCACGAGGGUCAAACGGACAGAGAUGUCACCCGGGUUACACGAUAGUAAAGAACGUUCAUGUAGCGGCAUUGAGGCCACGUUCAAUUCCUCAACCACGUCCGCACUAUCCAGUUCGGAUUGGGCGCAUGCAUUAACGAUGCAGUUUGAAUCUCGUGUACGAGAUAAGCGCUGGAACGACUUGCAAAACAAGGCGAAAUUGAGGACUGUGAUAAAGAGACCAAACGCAGGGACAUCAGAACCUAGAGAUAGUCCGCCUUCGUUUGCGUCUCUACGCAACUUGCCCCAAUUUCCCGUCCCACCGCCAGCCGGAGAUCGGGGGGCCCAGAAGUUCCGAAGCCUUCUUAUGUCGCUUUCACAAUCGCCGAUGAAGUGGGAGAACCCAGGGCUUCUCGACGAGGCUCUCCAGGCCGUACCCCUGGAUCGCAUCUAUAGCGAAGCCGAAGAGGAAUGGAACGUUUUCGUCGCCCGAGCCGAGAGCAUAGGCGACGGCAGGGACCCUGACUGGGGGUAUCAAGACUGUACGAUACGCGCGCUGAUGCGCUGGUUUAAACGAAGCUUUUUCAUGUGGGUAAACUCGCCCUCGUGCCCGGCAUGCGAGAAUCCUACGCUUCCAAAGGGUAUGACCCAACCAACGCCGGAGGAGGGUGCUUGCGGCGCUCUCCGUGUAGAGCUCUACCAGUGCUCCAACCCGGAGUGUCUGGCAUACCAUCGCUUUCCGCGCUAUGCCGACGUUUGGAAGCUGAUGGAGACACGGUGUGGGCGGGUGGGAGAGUGGGCGAACUGCUUCGGCAUGCUGUGCCGAGCGAUGGGAGCACGUGUCCGGUGGAUCUGGAAUUCCGAAGACCACGUCUGGACUGAAGUCUUCUCGGAGCACAGGAAGCGCUGGGUCCACGUCGAUGUGUGUGAGGGGGCCUGGGACAACCCCCGACUGUACACCGAGGGCUGGGGCAAGCGGCUGAGCUACGCCAUCGCCUUCUCCCGCGAUGGGGCGACAGACGUGACGCGGCGUUACGCCAGACGACCAGAGGUGUGUGCGGAGCGCACGAGAUGUCCAGAGCCGGUGCUGCAGUAUGUCAUGCAGGAGAUCAAAUGCAUGCGUCGGGACGGGAGAAGCAAGAAGGAGAAGUUUGCCCUGGAGAAGGAGGAUGCCGCCGAGGAUCUCGAGCUCCGGGGCUACAUCGUCGCGACUCUGACUGGGGCCUUGGUUGGUCUUACGACAGCCUCAUUCGGCCCCCAGGACGUCGUUCGGCGCCGCCAUCAAAGAGAGCCAGGCACAAGUGACAAACGGAGCUCUGAGUAUGAAAUCCCGACUCGCUCCGAAUUCGGGAACCCGCAGGAUCUCUGGAUCGCAACUCGUGCGCCCGCUGAGGAUGCUACUGAUCAGUCGAACUCUUCAAAUGACGAGAGACGGGAUGAACGCCAGUGGCUAGCCACGGAGACGGCAUAUCCUGAUGUAGAGGUUAUACUGAAGGGAAACGAUAACUCAACUGCUCAAUAA